AUGACUUCCCAGAGUCCACUGGAGUCAAACGGAUUGUCCAAGCCUUGAAUGCCAACGUGUGGUCCAACGUGGUGAUGAAGAGUGACAGGACCCAGGGCUUUGGGCUCCUCAGCACCUUGGCAGGGGCGAACUGCACUGUUGGCUCAGAAGAGACCCAAGAGACAGAAUCCAACCCAUCCCCAGGAGAAAGAGAAGAAUCCCAGUCAGACAGCACAGAGGAUGGAGCUGGAACAAACCAGCUUGACAACACUACAGAUCCCAUGCUGGAUAUGGACAUCCAGGAGUUGGCCAGCCUGACCACGAGGGAUGGGGACCUGGAGAACUUUGAAAGGCUCUUCUCAAAGCUGAAAGAAAUGAAAGAUAAAGCCUCCACAUUGCCUCAUGAACAAAGGAAACUCCAUGCAGAAAAGGUGGCCAAAGCCUUCUGGAUGGCGAUUGGAGGAGACAGAGAUGAGAUUGAAGGUCUCUCCUCUGAUGAAGAAAACUGA